AUUCACACACAUUUCGUAUCGGUGAGGAAUGCUUGUGGUCUGUGAAGAAGCGAAAUGUAGGAUCGUGCUGUCAAGGUUCCACCGAUGAGAGCUUGCGUCAACAAUUGCAAGUGCAGCUGAUAUUUGUAGAUAAUCUGAGAAGUAUCUAUUCAGUGAGAAAGUGACUCCCGUCUGGUAGAUGAGAUUCUAAAUCGUUUUGUCUGUCCACGAGUAUGCACUUUCCGCAGGGUUAUCGAGAUUCACGAGAGCAGAGAAAAACACCACAUGAAGACAGAUGGUUUUUCGCCAGAGGGUCCUUCCUGCCUCUUAGAAUAAAUUCAUACAGAAAAAGUAUUGUUCAACGCUUUUUAUAACACAUAUCUUUUCAACAGGCCAAGCCCGAGUCGUGUACGUAUUUUCCCAUAUUCUCGGAAUUACAAUAUUGUUGAACAGAUAUAAGUGUUAGGUCAUCGUGGUUCAUUCUAUUCAUUGUUGUAGUUACCUCAUCUUAACGAGUGUCUGGCUGUGGGUAUCGAUUGUGGUGCUGAUUUUAGAGUGUGUUGCUUGUGAUUGAUGACAUGAUUGAAAACACUUUUUUUGUUAUAAUACCCUCUAAGAGGGAACUGAAGACUUGGCGCGAGAAAAUUUCCUACAAAUAACGACAAGAACCAUUUCGAAUGACACAACUUCCAUCAAGAACGUACAUAUGAUUCAAUGACGAUGGUUGACUCGCCGUCAUCGAGUGGAGCUGCAGGCGCAGAAACGCGCAGCAGCAAUGGUGAGUUGCCGAGUGUCGCCGUGUUUGUGGAUACUGCUAAUGUGAGCCAUGCGGUUCCAGUCCUCAGAAUGGUCAAGGCUAUCGAAGCAAAAUGGGGGGCCCGACCGUGCAGAUUGACCAUCCAUAUGGUUUUUGCCGAGUUUCGCAGGAAAGAAUUUGGUGAUGAUAUGAAGUGGAGUGCCGAAAAGUACCCACCCUCGCAACGUGCACAACCGAAAAAAACCGAAGGCUCGGCCUUUUCCAGUGGCAGUUCAUCGUCCUCCCCACGGCCCCCAGAUGACAGCUCCUCAUCGGAGACGAGUACUCGUACCUCUGUUCCACCAGUACUGAAUUGGAUCGGUGUGCCAUCGUCCAGGGAAGGCAACAUUGAGGCUCCAUUAUCGAAGAAUUUCCUCAGCCUUGGACCUUUUUUUGUUGGUUCAUAGAAGAGGAAACAUUUUCCGCAAGAGCAUGUGGCCAUCGUGCAAAGCAGUAGGUAGUGGUUUCGAGUGCUACUUUAUCGUAGUCUAGACCAUGAUAGCAACUUAGCAAGAGAAUUUGUGAUGAAAUGUCGCCAUAGAAAUAGCACGAAAAAUUAACAUUUUUGUAGCAUUGCAAAUUAUCGUGCUCUUUCUAAUAUGCAACACGUGGGUGAGCGCGUUGAUGACACCGUCUUCAAGCGUGCCGUGAAGGACAUCAUGCUGAACGACAGUGGCGAUCAUGAAGUAGCUCUUGUGUCGAAUGACCUUUUCAGAGACAUGUUUUCGCGUGGUGCGAAUUUCAGUUCCCAGUCACGAGCAGAAGCACUUUUCGAGGAGGCGGCGUCAGAAUGUCGAAGCAAACGGCUAGCUCGUACCUGGAUCGCGAGCAACGCAGAUCUCGAAGUUUUGAUGACGGCUUUGCAGUACAAUUUCGGCAAAGACACACUGGGUAAUGUCGAGUUAUACCCUGCGAGUGGCGGAAACGUAAAUUCGCUGAAAGGUUUUCUGGGGAACAACCUGUUGCGCAAUUACAUUGGCCGACGAUUGAGUCUGACUUCUUGGAGCAAUGGUUCUAGCCUCAGUCAGUUAACCGCUAAUGGUAAGAACACUAACGAGAACCGGGAAAACCAGUCGCUAAGGCUGGAAAAUAGAGGAAUUCGAGAGGCUAAUCGCGAACUGCAAGAGCAGAUACGAAAAUUACAGGACCGACUUGACGAAGUGGAAGCGAGAGAGAAUGACAUGAUAAUGGAGAUGACAAUUCUAGCAAACAAGUGGCAAGCAAAGGCAAAAGAGAAAAGCAAUGGAGGAGACCCUAGUAUGCGUAGAGACAACCAGCAGCAGUCUCGUCCGCUAGUGAUUGGUCGAUCAACGUCAUCGUCUUCAAGUAGCAUAGGAGGUCCUCGUAGCCCACAAAAUAAAGAUACCAAUGCUGGUUUAGAAAUACAAGAGUCACCAUUCGUGGAUACACAACCAAGCAGCUCGGCGUUUGAUUUAACCUGUGUGCCGGUUGUACCAGAUAUAAAAAAGAAGGACCACGCGAAUGCAUAUUAUCAGCAGGGAUUUUCUCCACCCAGCAGCAAUAAUUUUUCACCCGACGGCGACUCAACUGGACGUCCUCGUAAGGAGGAUCGUGAUUGGAAGAUCAUGCCUGUCGCAACACUUCUACAGGAUGAUGAUUUGGACGACGAUGAUCAACAUGGAAGAAGAGCACAGAUGAAGAACUCACCUGGGGGCACGUCAUUUUCACGGUCGCGCCCAUGCCGAUCGCCGUCGUCUGGUUCUGACAUUAGCUCGCUUGCUCGCGACGUAGCAAACUCUACUGCCCUCAACAUCGAUGGGCUCUCACUUGAUGAGGAGGAGGAUGGCUAUACAUAUGACAAAGGCACAAGAAAGGAUAGCAGGCAACACCCACAGGAGAAGACAACAUCGUCUAAGAUGGUGCCACCAAUGAAAGUUCUGAGCAAAAAUCCCAAGCAGACAAAAACGCAGCUGAAAAAUGGACAACACUUCAAGUGGAAAGCGAAGCUUCAGUCUGCCUCGUCUUCAUCAAAUUCUUCGUCUGCGAACAACACUCUGCGUGGAUCUGCUGACGCAGUAAGCAAAAGUGCUAAGACGUGGAAGAAAAUGAGAGAGCCCAGCAAACUCACUGGCCCAAAAGGGGAGCCACCUACAGAUGAGACGUGUUGGGAUUACAAAUACAAAGGAAAAUGUCCACGGGGUGCAAAAUGCCCUUACAUACAUGUGGACCGUCCAAGGUGACCCGCCUGGCACUCGUAAGACAUUCUCCAAAAAUUUCCGCCUCCUCCUUGACUUUCUACAUUAGAUAAUUGUAAUGCCGUUUGCGACUUAUCAAUAGACCAGUGUGACGAAAGUGAAAAAUUUAGAAUGUGUAUGGCACAGGCCGAGUCUGCUUCAGC